AUGGAACACCAGACUACGAAUAUGCGCGAAGCCGUUCCUGUGGACAAGAGGGUCACCGUCGCCCUUUAUAAGCUUUGUUCAUCUGCCGAGGACAGGACAAUCGCCCACUUCUUUGACAUGGGCAGAUCCACGGUCGACAUCAUUUAUCGCGAGUUCUGCGAAACUGUGGUGGCAUCGUCGGAACCUAAGUGGGUCAACAUGGUAACUGGAAAUGACAUGGAGAACCACAUCGGGGAAUUCUAUGCUUCCACCGGAUUCCCGCAAGGUUUCGGUGCUCUGGACGGAUGCCAUUUCCCGGUUUCUCCUCCAAAGGAACACGCCAGCGACUAUUAUAACUACAAAGGCUGGCACAGCGUGAUACUGCUCGCACUGGUGGACCACUGUUACGUGUUCCGGUACACAAACGUUGGAUCAUCGGGAAGGUGCCACGAUGCACAUGUCCACCACCAGACAAGCCUGUCUGGCCUUGUUUUGGGGCCCACAUUCAGGCAGCCAACCACCAUGAUAAGCGGCGUUGCUGUGCCCCCACUGAUACUUUGUGAUCAGGCGUUUCCCCUCACGCCGAACCUUAUUAAACCAUUUGCGAGCACUAGCAGCACUGAAGAGCAAAAGCAUUUCAACUAUCAGCUGUAG